AGUAUACAGAGUCACGGGAUACAUUCUAGCAGCCUUGAUCUUGCAAAUUAAUGAAUUUGUCUCGGUUUUACGUUCACAAAGACAAAGACAAAGAUCAAAGAAGACUCAAAGUCAUUACCGAAUAUCGCAAGUAGAUAAACCUGUCACCCUUCCUUUGUUUGUGUUACAAUACAUGGUUGCUUCGCCUUCCUGGACGGCAAUUCCAAACUUAGGAGUGAUUUCCGAUCAGAAUUUUGUUGUACCAGCAGACCGGUGAUUCCCCGAAAAAGCUGAGCCUGGCGACCGGAGCAGUUUCGACCUCCACGGAAGUAGCAGCACUAUAUUUUGAUCUACUCCAACGUUCUUUCAAAAUGGUUUUUCAUAGAUAUAGUGAACAUUUGAUUUCAACGAUCGUCAUCUUGCUCACAUUAUGUAUGUGGCGGUGUGCUGCAUAUUUAUGCCACCAAGCCGAUGCAGAGAAGGAUACAUGCACAUGCCAAUUUGAUGAUCCAACCAAGAAAGUGAUCGAUUUUUCACCAAUCUCUCGCAAUGAUGGUCAACCAGAAUUUCCUUUUGAUGAAUACGGUACUACUGUGCCAGACUGGACAUACGCUUUCAACCCUUGUUCCAAAUUUGAUGGACCAGGGGUUUGCAAAGAAUCUUCUGUUUGUCAGCAGUCAAAGAGCACGCCUGACACUGUUUUCAACCUGGGUAAUCCUGCUCCUACCACUUGGAAUCCGGAAGACGAAAACACCAUCAAAGUCACCUAUGCUCCGACUGACGGAAGGACAUCAGUUGUUAGCUUCACUUGUGAUAAAACAGCUGUAACAAAGCCCAUUCUGAAGUUUGUUGACGAAAGUCCACCAAAAACUUAUAAUUUUGUCGUGAUGACGUGCCACGCUUGCCUUGAAACUGUACCAGGCUGUAUCAAGAAAGGAAACAGUAACAGUCUAACCCCGGGAGGAGUGCUUUGUAUCAUAUUCACAGUACUGUUGGUUGUGUACUUUGUAGGAGGUAUUCUGUUCCAAAAGUUUGGUCGUGGUGCGACGGGUAAAGAGCUGAUUCCAAACUAUGGAUUCUGGUCAGACUUCCCAAUAUUGAUUAAGGAUGGCUUUCUUUUCAUGAUAUCACCGUGUACUAAAGACGACGGAUACUCAUCAAUUUGAAAAGAGAAAUAACCUGUUAGCAGCUUGGCCGACCUUUGCAAAUGGCAAACCUAAGAUUUGUGCAUCUAUUGCUGAUCUGACGGACAACAUGAAUGAAAGUAACCUGUUGUAAUCAACAACAGCUUUUAAUGAUGUCAUCCCCUUAAAGCCCAUCUGCACUAGAUUGACCAGGGGGAUUACACCUCCCUGCAAGGUCACUGACAGGUGGUUAUCUCAUCAAAGCAGCUCUCAAUUAACAUAAG